GAACCAAGAGAGAGACGUGGGGAUGGAGUGAGUGGGAGCAGGCACAGUCCUUCCCCCUCACCCACCCAUCACCUCUCAGCUCACCCAGGAUUAGGAAAGGCAAGGAUUCUAUACCAGGACUACACAGCAGGAGCAAGAACCCCAGGCAGCCAUGCAGACAUCCAUGGAGUUAAAGAAAUCCCUCUCAGCCACUAUGGAGACAGAGAAGCCGAUGAAGAGCUAUGGGGCAGUGGAGGAAACAGAGUGGAAGGCAGGAGAGCUUGCAAGAAGAAAUCAACUUGACAUUGUGUCGAUGGCUGAGACAACCAUGACGCCGGAAGAAAUUGAGCUGGAGAUGACUAAAAUCCAGCGUCUUCGGGAAGUGUUGGUUAGAAGAGAAUCAGAACUGAGAUUCAUGAUUGAUGACAUUCAGCUGUGCAAGGAAAUUAUGAGCCUGAAACAAGAACUGCAGAAUUUAGUAGACAUCCCAGAAAAAGAUAAAACAAACCAACAGAAGCAAAGGGAAGACGAGUUGAUUCAGAAGAUCCAGAAGCUGGUGCAGAAGAGAGAUUUCCUUGUAGAUGACGCUGAGGUAGAAAGAUUAAGGGAAAAAGAAGAAGACAAGGAAAUAGCAGAUUUCCUGCGUAUCAAAUUAAAGCCCCUAGACAAAGUAACAAGGCCCACUGCCAGUACUGCCCCAGAGAAGAAAACAGAACUCCCACCGAUCAAACCUUCCAUCACAAAAACAGGAAUGGCCAUCCUUAAAGACUGCUGCGGGACCACUCAGUGCAGCAUUAUGUAGCCCACAGGCCCCCGAUGAGCCAUCAGAAUGCUUUGUUGGGAUACUGGUGUCAUCAAACAUGGAUUUUGAGAACCAGAACUGUAUGUACUGUAGAUACAGUAACAUUUGCCAAUAGUAUAUCAAUAGUGAAUCCCUCACUGUCGCAUGGAUCACUCAACAAGCAUGUUUGGGAGGGGAGCGUCAAACAAGAAUAUUAUGUAUAUUCUUAUACCUGCCAGCAGCCUUUACUGAUUUGUAACAGCUUGAGUGAUUAGUUAGUAGAAGUAGCAGUCUGAGGUCUGGCACCCAGUGACGCAAUCAACACGCAACAACAACAUAUAGAUAUAUGAUCGGGCCAGUUCUAAAUGUAAACCCUACUCCCGUUUUAAAUGUUCCACUGCUGUGAGUUCUAGCAGGAAAGCUCUAUCAAUAUUCAGUUAUCAAAAUAAAAUACAAAAAAAAAUGCAAGUAAAAAUUGAAUAGAAAAUAUUUUUUAAUAUUUUUGAACGCUUUUAUUGCCUAUACGGGAUAGAUAUUAUGAGAUAGCAAGGAACACAACAAUUACGUAUUACAGGUCAUCCUUACCCACAUUUUGGCUUUUCCUGGAGUUGCAUUGAAACACUUUUGAAUCCGAGACAUUUCACCAAGUAACAUUCAGUUAGAGAUCUAGCACUUUGUAUACCUUGUUAUGCAUAUUCCUUGCACAUUUGAACCUCAGUGUACGUUAAAGCAGUCAGCGCAUAUACCUAUAGGCCUUAGGCCAUCCUAUACUGUGACGUCCAGCUAAAAAUAUGUUUGUACCUACGUGGAUUUCAAAGCGUAAUUAUACAGUCGUAAUAUUUAUUCUGUUCGCAUUUAAUCUGCUGUUAGGUGGUGAUGAACAAAAUGAAACAAGCGAUUGCUUUCAUGUUUUGGUAUGAAGUAAAAUUAGUUUGUUCACGUGCCGUUUAUCAUUAACGCAUAAUUUAUUUGUAGUCUUAGGCUUUUCAUUGAAAGUGCCUACCAUCCCGAUAUAUCUGAUGUGUCCAAGUCUAAAAGGGAAGCGCCAUUUGUAUUUCUCUUGGGAGUAUAAAAUCCAGCGCUGUACACAGUAAUGUCUGACGGUGCAGACAUAAAGAUGGGUUUUGUGUCGUUUUGUUCCAAUAAACUUCCUUUAUCUGCA